UUUCCCCGCCAUCAGUUUCCGAUUCCCAACAGCAAGUAACAACUUUCAAAAAGCUAAAAAAAUGCUUUCACUUCUCCGCCGCACUAAACCCGCCAUCACCACCACCAGCGCCGCCGCAGCAAAACAUUUCACCUCCAAAAUCCCCACUCCAAACCCUCCAAUUUCACCCCGCCAAUCAAAACCCCCUCUAUUAGAAUCAAAAUUAGGGGUUUUUCGUAGACCAUUAAGCGACAAAACGACGUCGGAUUACGAUCACAUUAGAGCUAGCGUGAAUUGUCCUAGAUGCUGCUCUCAAAUGCCAGUUAUAUUCUCGACUCGGCCGUUGUCAAUUACCGGCCGCGAAACCGGAAUUUACCAAGCGCUUAAUGUUUGCCCUAAUUGUAAAACCGCCUUUUAUUUUCGGCCGUUAAAGUUAGAGCCGUUACAAGGAAGCUUUAUUGAGCUUGGUAGGGUUAAGGGUUUGGAGAAUUGUACUGGUAGUGAUUGUAAUGCUGGUGUUGCUGUUAGUUGUAAGGAUAGAGAGGGAAUUAUUGAGAAAGAUUGUGGUAAAAUUGGAAAUUUUGAGGUAAUUAGUAAUGAUGAAAAUGAUGAUGGAGUGAAGGUGGGGAGUGAAUUGCCUACUCCUAAGGAGAUUUGUAAAGGGCUUGAUGAGUUUGUUAUUGGACAAGAUAGAGCUAAAAAGGUGCUGUCUGUGGCAGUUUACAAUCACUACAAGAGGAUAUCUCACUCUUCAAGUGAAAAAGGGUCAGGAGUGCGCCUUAGUGAUAUUGAUAUUCAAAAUGAUGAGAACGAGCAUGUUGAAUUAGACAAGAGUAAUGUAUUGUUGAUGGGUCCCACUGGCUCAGGGAAGACAUUACUUGCAAAAACACUAGCUCGCAUUGUGAAUGUACCGUUUGUCAUUUCGGAUGCAACGACAUUAACACAGGCAGGUUAUGUUGGGGAAGAUGUGGAAUCAGUUUUGUACAAGCUAUUAGUGGCUUCUGACUUUAAUGUGGAAGCAGCGCAACGAGGGAUUGUCUACAUUGAUGAAGUUGAUAAAAUAACUAAAAAGGCUGAGAGUUCCAAUGUUGGUAGAGACGUCUCUGGAGAGGGUGUUCAGCAGGCAUUACUGAAAAUGCUGGAGGGAACUAUAGUAAAUGUUCCUGUUCCUGAUAAAGGACCUCGUAAGACUCCACGCGGUGAUACAAUUCAGAUAGACACAAAAGACAUUCUUUUUAUAUGCGGCGGGGCAUUUGUUGAUUUGGAGAAAACUAUUUCAGAAAGACGACAGGAUGCUUCUAUUGGCUUUGGAGCACCAGUACGGGCAAAUAUGAGAAUUGGUAGAGUAAUUGAUGCUGUGGUGACGUCAUCAUUGUUAGAAUCUGUUGAGAGCGGUGAUCUAGUUGCAUACGGUCUGAUUCCUGAAUUUGUUGGACGGUUCCCUAUAUUGGUGAGCUUAUCAGCUUUAGAUGAGGAUCAACUGGUUCAGGUCCUUAUGCAACCGAAAAAUGCUCUAGGCAAACAGUACAAGAAAAUGUUCAGUAUGAAUGAUGUCAAACUGCAAUUCACUGAGAAUGCAUUGAGAUUGAUUGCAAAAAAAGCAAUGGCUAAGAAUACCGGUGCCCGAGGCUUACGAGCAAUAUUAGAAAACAUUCUCACAGAAGCUAUGUAUGAGAUUCCGGAUAACAAAACAGGAGCCAGUUGUAUAAAUGUAGUUUUAGUAGACGAUGAAGCAGUUGGGUCAGUUGAUGCACCGGGAUGCGGAGCAAAAAUAUUUCAUGGGGAUGGUACACUCGGCUGUAAUUUUCAAGAGCCUAAGUUGGAAGAUACGGCAAAUUGUAGUGUUGCGCUGAAUGAACAGGCAGAGAGUGAACCGGAGUUUCAGUCAAGAGCCCUGAGCUUGUAACAUCUUAUAACAUAUGUGUUCAUUAUGUUUCCAUGUCUAACUUUGAUAAUAUAUAUAGCCAAUAAAAUAACAUUUCAUAUUCUUUUA